ACACUCUUUGAUGCAGUCACGCGUUUAAACAACUUCAUGUUGCAACCUUUAUCAAGUCUACUGGAAAUAUUGCCCGACAAAGUUCCCAGCUUGAUAGAAGAAAAUUUUGUGUUUAGAGAUGGUUGUCCGUUUGCAGCAAUGUUCGUGAGUAUGCUGAAUGAAACUAUCACCCAGAUGGGUGGAGGGUUCUUAAAAGACCUCUUUGCAGCUUCAGCUAAUAUGCCUAGUCUGAUUAGGAUAUUUCCAAAGGACACACUUCUAUGGAAGCUUCAGCUGCUUAAGUCUGCUUCAGCAUCUGCUAAAUCCCACAUGCACACUGUCAAAGCCCAAACACUGAUACUCUUGAGUGGACGUGAUCAAUGGUUACUGAACAAAGAAGACACUGAAAGACUCCGUUGUGCAUUGCCCAAAUGUGAAGUCCGUGAAUUUGUAAAUAAUGGACAGUUGCUCUUCUUGGAGGAUGGGGUAGAUCUGGCGACUAUCCUUAAGAUUGCCUAUUAUUAUCGCCGUGGAAAUACAUUUGAUUACAUUUCUGAUUACACUCUGCCUACUCCCUUUGAGCUCAAAGAGUUUGAACAAUCACAAAGUUUGCUAACAACUGCUGUUUCUCCAGUAUUUCUCUCAACUCUAGGAAACGGUACAGUAGUAAGAUCACUUGCAGGAUUACCUUCAGAGGGACUGGUUCUGUAUGUUGGCAAUCACAUGUUGCUUGGUCUCGAACUGCGUCCAGCAGCAAUUCAUUUCUUGAAAGAGAGGAACAUUAUCUUGCGUGGGUUGGCACAUCCUGUAAUGUUUAACAUAAAGAUAGGCUCAAAGCUUCCUGAUAUGCAGAUGUUCGACUCAAUUAGGAUAAUAGGAGCAGUUCCUGUCUCGAAUACGAAUUUCUACAAGCUGCUUCAUUCAAAGGCUCAUGUGGUUUUGUAUCCUGGAGGUGUCCGUGAAGCUUUGCACAGAAAGUGUGAAGAAUACAAGCUGUUCUGGCCUGAACAUUCAGAGUUUGUGAGGAUCGCUAAGUUUGGAACAAAAAUCAUUCCUUUUGGUGCUGUUGGAGAAGAUGAUAUCUGUCAAAUCCCUUUCUUGAAGAAUAUCAUAGAAGAGAUAACACAUGACACUAUUAAGCUGAGGAACGAUGAAGAAGGCGAAGUGAGGAACCAAGAUUUGCAUAUGCCUGGACUAAUUCCAAAGAUACCGGGACGUUAUUACAUAUAUUUUGGGAAACCGAUAGAAACACAAGGAAGAGAGAAAGAGCUAAAUGAUAAAGAGAAAGCUCAUGAGGUCUACUUGGAGGUCAAGUCUGAGGUAGAAAGAUGUAUGACCUAUUUGAAGACCAACAGAGAAUCUGAUCCUUACAGAAAUAUUUUGCCGAGGCUGCUUUAUUACCUCUCACAUGGUUUCUCUUCUCAAAUCCCAACUUUUGAUCUCUCAAAUCAUUAA